GCGCGUACACACAAUGCAACUGUCAUAUGACUGAGAAAGUGCUGACGCUAGCAAGAAACUGGCUGAAGAGAUACAAGACAUUGAGAUUUCUCUGAAAGACAUGUCGUCCUACAAUGAUGAUGAGGGCCAUGGAACUGUGGGAUCUUUCCCCGACGCUUAUGAUUACGGUCCUGGUGGAGAGGAGGAUGUGAGUGGAGGCAUAUCCAGUGAGAGCAAACCACGUAUCAUCUUGAUGGGUUUGAGAAGGGGUGGCAAGUCUUCUAUUCAGAAGGUUGUGUUCCACAAGCUCUCACCAAAUGAGACACUAUUUCUAGAGAGUACUACUAAAGUGGUCAAAGAUGAUGUCAGUAACAGCUCAUUCGUUCAAUUUCAGAUCUGGGAUUUUCCUGGUCAGAUCGACUUCUUUGACCCAGCGUAUGAUUCAGAGCACAUAUUUGGAGGCUGUGGAGCUCUCAUCUUUGUCAUUGAUGCUCAGGAUGAAUACAGGAAUGCACUGAUUAGAUUGCACCAAACAGUCACCAGAGCUUACCAAGUUAACCCAGCCAUCAAGUUUGAGGUGUUUAUUCACAAAGUGGAUGGUUUGGCAGAUGAGCGAAAGAUAGAAGCUCAGAGAGAUAUCCACCAACGUGCGACUGAUGACUUGGCAGACGCUGGCUUGGAUGGCAUACAUCUCAGCUUCUACCUCACUUCCAUUUAUGACCACUCCAUUUUUGAGGCCUUUAGUCGAGUGGUUCAGAAGCUCAUUCCUCAACUGCCGACUCUUGAGAAUCUACUCAAUAUUCUGAUAUCAAACUCUGGUAUUGAGAAAGCUUUCCUGUUUGACAUGGUCAGCAAGAUCUACAUUGCCACUGACAGUUCUCCAGUGGACAUGCAGUCCUAUGAGCUGUGCUGUGAUAUGAUUGAUGUGGUCAUUGAUGUCUCCUGUAUAUAUGGACUAUCUGAUGACGGUGAGGGUACUGCUUUUGAUCAGCAGUCAUCUUCCAUUAUUCGGCUCAACAACGGCACUAUUUUGUACCUAAGAGAGGUCAAUAGAUUCCUGUCCCUAGUGUGUCUACUAAGAGAAGAUGUGUUUGAGAGACAAGGACUUAUUGAGUACAACUUCCAUUGCUUUAGAGAGGCCAUACAAGACGUGUUUGAGGUGCGACGGAAAGCUCUCUUGAGUCCGGAUGAAUCAUCUACUGGGAAUACAGACGAUGGACACUAACUCUUUUUUAUUGAUUAUUAUUGGCAUGCAGAAUGAUGUAAUAAUAAUUCAUUGUAAAAAAUUA